CAUUUCAUCCUCCUUACCUUUUCACCAUUCUUCCUUUUUUUCAAAUCCCUCGCUCUCGCUCUCGCUUUAUUGCCGUGUCUCUCAAUUGGAGUCUCUUCGAUCGGAUGCAAUGCUUAGAGAAUUUUGCAAUAGCUAAAUCUAUAUAGGGAAAAUGCAGAAGGAAACCUGGGAAGAUGCUUGCAUUUUGGACAUAUUGAGGUUGAGCUCUAAUCUUGGACGGCUGCAAAGGAUCUUGAGAAUUUUUUGCAAGAAGUUGAUUACUCCUGAUGGUUCAACAAAUGAUUGACCCUAAAACCAAUGACUUGGGGUUGUCCAACAAAGAACAUGGUUUGCCCAGAUCUGACAAGCAACAGUUGUCAGUAAAGAAAACAGCACUGAGAGACUUGCAGAAUGAUAACAUACUCAGACCAAAACCUCCUCUUGGAAGCUCUCAUUUUCUAAAGGAUAGAGGACAGACUAUGGCUGCUAUUAAGGUUUCUGGAAUCAAGAGAACCACACCUGAAUGCCCCACAAGCCCCUCUGGUCAUCAGUCCUCAAGCAAUAAUAAUGCAAAUGGACAUCUUGUGUACGUACGAAGAAAAUCUGAAUCAGAAGUAGGAAAGAGCAGCACUUGUGAAAUCAUGGAAAAUACCGCUGAUUGCCCACCACCGAGGCAGCUUAACCAUGGGGAACAAGUAACUUCACGGCGACAAAUACAGACGGACGACUCCAAGAUUUCUUGUUUUCCAGCAUUUGCACCCAUUCCAAUGGCUCCUCCUAUGGCUUUUUCAUCAGGUGGACCUACAGUUUCUCUUUCUCUUGGGAAGAGUGGUUAUGGAGUAUCACUAGAAGAGCCAAAUUAUCCAGCGGUUUCUACUGCAGGGCCAUUUUUAGCUAGUCCUCCAGCAAGUAAUCAGCCCUGGAGAGAACGGUCCUUCAGGCUGCAGACAUUCUUAAGGAACUGUGACCAUUCAAGUCAAGAGGAAUACAUCCAGAUGCUUCGAUCCUUAUCUGCUGCUGGUCGUAGCAAACAGGCUGUUGAGUUGGAGAAAAGAGCAAUCCACCUUUUGUUGGAAGAAGGGAGGGAGUUGCAUAGAAUGAAGAUUCUGAAUGUAUUGGGGAAAUGUUCACAAAAGAGCAGCAUAUAACCUUUUACUCAACCAGUGCAAUCAGAAAAGUGAGAAGAUGCCAUAAGCAACGACACUAACAAUGUU